AUGGCUCCCCCGACGGCCGCGGCGGCGGCUCGCUGCGCCCCUCGCCGGCGCCUCAGGCCGCUUGGUGGCGGCGGCGGCGGCGGCUGGCCCCCAUGUGCCGAGCGCGCCGCGGCGGCGGAAAAGGUAAAGGCCGGGCCGCGAACUCCGCCUGACCCCGGGCUGAACUCGGGCGUGUUAAAGGAGCCGCCGCGGCAUCUCCGCCUCCGAGGCAGCCAAGCGGGCGGCGGACUGCGGGCCGGGGGAGGAGCCGCCCGACGGGGCUCCCGACGGAACAGCCCCAGGGGCCGGAGCGGGGGCGCGCCGCGGGAGCCCGCGGCGGGCGCGGACAGGCCCGGGCCGCCGCCGGGCGGGCACGCAGAUCCGGGCGAGGAGGCGGCGACCCCGGACCAGCUCCCGGGCGAGGGAGCCUUCCGGCGAGGAGGGAAAAGGAGGGUGCAGAUCCCAGCCGCAGGGACCCCCGCCCCGCGCAGCCCCGCACUCCCGUCUCGCCCCGCCGCUCACCUGCAGCCCCGGGGCCGAGGCCUGUCCCGGCUGGGCGGCACCGGGGACGGCGCGCUCGCCUACCCGCAGGCCAGUCGCGCCCGCGCUCUCGGGCGUGCCUUCGGCUCCCUCCUGGGCCCGCUUCGCUUCUCGCGCGGAGCCCCCGCUCCUUCGGCGCCCGCCGCCCCGAGCCCCGCUUCUCGGGAAGCCGCGGAGCCCCCGGCCGCCUCGGGAAGGCCGAGGCGGAGAGCCGCAGCCGAACCCGCGCAAAAGCGCAGCGAUCCAAAGCGAGGAGCCUCGCGGGCCGCCCGUCCUGGGGCCUGCCAACUCGCCAUCCCUGGCACCUCCCGCUGCCGCAGCCCCAGGAACGUGGCACAGGGGCCUGGGAACGCCCGCAGCGCUCCAUGGCCCCCCGAAGUGGCCAAGUUAGUCCAGGAAAGCUUCUCCCCAAAUAAACGCGUGGACCUUUACGCGCUCCUUGCUCAACCGCAGCCUCCAACUCCACCACUUCGUUCGCAGCAAAGCAGCACUCCGGCCCGGCCCCCCAUGGUCGCGAUACCUGCCGAGGCCCAGCGGUGCUACAAAACGGAGGCGAAGGCAGGCCCCAGACCAGGGGCGCUUCCUGGGAGCGGCGUUCCCCGGGCCGGUGCCGUCUGGCUGGGUCGAGCAGCUGAGCCAUGCCCCCACGACGGGGCCUCGCGGGAGGCCGGCGUGGGCUGCAGUUCGCCAGAAGCUCGCCAGAAGCCUGGCCACCGCUCCUGCCACCGCCCGGACGAACGGGUCGUGAGUGGAGACGCCGUCUGUGCGUUUGCCUCGGUGGGAUCCAAGGGGCCACCGGACAGUGUGGAAAAGCCCCAGAAGCCAAGCGGCCACUUCAGCUCGCUGGGACGGGCUCUCGCCACCAGCUUGCAGGGCCGGGCAGCGGUCUUUCAGGCAGCUGGGUCCCGAGCCGGGGGGAGCUCCCGCCCAGAGCAGACCGCUGGCCAGGCAGCUGCCCUUUGCUGGGACGGGGCCUCCGCGCAGGGAGCAGGCAGCCCGGAGGCAGCCGCCUCCCGCAGCUCUGUGGAAAGGAAAGCGCCGAGUGACAUCCCGGGCCGGCCCCUGGCUGUGCCGCCACCCAUGAGGAGGGCAUCCACCCGGCACUCGCUCCGCCGGCCGCAGGAGCCUGGGGCGCGGUGGGAUGGGGACGGGGAGGCCACAGGACCCGUCCCCGGCCGGGCACGGCAGAGCGGCCACGCCGCGAAUCGGGGCAGGGCGCCCACGGCUCGGCCCCCUGCACUCCAGGCGGCAGCAGGAUUAUCUGGAUUUCCGGAGAAGGAGCAGGUGGCACCUGGAGGCUUUGAGGACCGGGCAUCUCCAGGGAUGGCGUUGCCACGGGGACGGCCUUGGAUGCGGCCGGCAGAGGCGGCUGCUGCAGGAGCCAGGACUGGGAGACUCGUCAGCCUGCAGUCCUGGUCAGACGGACUCGGGCGCCGCAUGGCGAAGGCUCCCGUCCAGGGGACGGGCUGUAACGCGGCCUCCUCCUGGCUGCUCAAGGGUUUGGGGCAGCCUUCGCCCACCUGGCGCCUUCCUGACGGGUUGGACUACAACUCCCAGCGCCCAGCCCAUCCGAAGGGCAUCAGGGGCAAGAACUCCGAGCCUUUCGCGCGCCCCCUCCCCGCGCCCCGGAGCCUGGGGCUGGCACCGCAGCGGGCCUGGUGCAGCAGGGGCUGGCGCUGCGUCCCGCCACUGAGGAACCGGCCCGGAAGGGCAGAAAACCCAGGCUGCGUCAGCGCCUUCCUGCCUCCACCCAAGCUGGCCAAAGGGCCCAGUCCCUUCGACAGCACAGGUGCUGGCUUGACUGGGCUGCACUGGCCUGGCGGCGGCAUUUUGACGCACCUGCAGCAGCUGGGCAGCCUGCGAGGGAAGGUCCUUGCCCCACUCGCUGCAGCAGGGGGUCCGGGGGGCUGCCGGGGGAGCCCUGAUGUCCGGGUCCAGAGGAGGGUCUCCAAGGGACAGGGGCUGCUGGGACUCGCCAAGGGCCGGCUGGAUGCGGGAGCAUCACCAGACAGCGGUCCUGCCCCCCGGAGGGGGAGCUUGGCCCCAUCCGGAGCAGACGGAGCGCCAACUCCUGAGCAGACGGGCCUCCCACCACCGCCCCGCUGGCGCUUCCGCAGCCUCACCUGUCUCCACCGCAGUUCCUCGCACCCAGCAGAUUCGAGUGGGUACGCGCACCCAGGCAGCGAAAGCCAGGUUGAUGCUUUUUCUAUGAAUGAGCCGCGAGAUCCCCCGUUACUACGAGCCGGCCUCUAUAAAAGCCCGACGGCGGCGGCCGAGCCCACACCGCAGCGCGCCGGCGGAGGCGCCUCGUGGCGGGCGCAGGGGCUGCGCUCGGUUCCGCUCGGCUCGGCGGCGGCGGCGGCGGGCGCGGGACGCGGCCGGCGGGACGCGCCGUCGGAG